AUGAACACAAGUUAUUCUCUUGAGCUCGUCGAGUCUAAUUCUUCGAGGCCCAAGAAGCGACCAAGGCUGGACACAAUGGCACUUGACACCGGUAUCAGGAUGGAGGAGGACGUUGUAGAUGUCCCCAAGAAGGCACCUCCUCCCGCCGCGCCCAAGCCUGCGCCAAAGCUCUUCAGCAACCGUAUAAUCUUGACCACGUAUCCAGGCCAAAGUGUAGUUGAUCCCAUACCGCUGAAAUGGGGUGCGGAGGAUCCUAACGAAAGAGGGCCGGUCUUGGUCUCUCGUAACGGCGCGACCCUGACGAGGCGGAACGCCAUCGGUGCUCAUGGCGGCAGUUACUGUAUAUACAACGCACUGGCGAUGGCUGCGGGCGAUCUACCCCCGGAUUUUAAGCCCAGCUUCAAGAAUACACAGCCGACCUUCGACUUCCCACAACAACCCGCCUGGUCAGAUCCUACCAAGAUUGUGGCCAUGGACCCUUUUGGCCACAAUGUUGUCCAGUACUACCAAAAGCAUCUGGACGCGGGACUGGAUCUCCGGCCGACCAUCGCCGUCACUCGUGCAAAUAUGCGUGUGGCGGAGGUCACAGAGUCUAUUCGGGAGGGCCGUCUCGCCGUGGAUGGUAACAUUGUUGUCAAUCAAGGGGGCGACGUGCGGGUCACAAAAGCUGCUGUUGAGCCUGUCUGGUAUCUUCCUGGCGUGGCGUCUCGGUUCGGAAUCGACGAGGGGACACUCCGCAGGGCAUUGUUUGAGUACACAGGCGGCAGCUAUCCUGAGCUUGUGACAAGGCCUGACAUCAAGGUUUUCUUACCUCCCAUCGGUGGCCUCACCGUUUAUAUUUUCGGCCCUCCUGAAAGGGUGUCAGAUCCCAAUGUCAAGCUGGCACUGCGGAUUCACGACGAAUGCAAUGGUUCCGAUGUCUUCCAGUCAGAUAUCUGCACAUGCAGGCCGUACCUUGCAUUCGGAAUCGAGGAAGCAAUAAAAGAGGCGCAGAACGGUGGCUCGGGCGUCGUCAUCUAUUUCCGUAAGGAAGGACGAGCCCUAGGAGAAGUCGUCAAGUACUUGGUAUACAAUGCUCGCAAGCGAGGCGGUGACACUGCGGACAAAUACUUCGAGAGAACGGAGAAUAUCGCAGGCGUCAGAGAUAUGCGGUUUCAAGCGCUCAUGCCCGAUAUCCUGCACUGGCUAGGCAUAAAGAAGAUUGAUCGCAUGCUUUCAAUGUCAAACAUGAAGCACGACGCCAUCGUCGAACAGGGAAUCCCCAUCUUGGAACGUAUCCCAAUCCCAGACCACCUCAUCCCUGAGGAUUCACACGUCGAGAUCGAUGCCAAGAUCAAUGCUGGCUAUUUCACAACAAGCAAGACAUUGUCUGAGGACGAGCUUAAGGAGAUCAAGGGCCGUGGCUGGCAGAGCUGGGAGGACGUGACGCAUUAA